AUGGUCUUCGGUCGUCGCAAGAGAAGUGCCUCUGCCCAUCACCAGCCGCUGUCCACACCUGCUGCGCAUUCCGCCCAGUCCGCCGCCAGCCAUGCUUUCCUAAAAUCCCAACCAUCUACAGCCAGCUUGUCCUCCGCGGCGGCGGCAGCAGCGCUCCGCAACUCUACGCCCACCCCGACCCCCAUCGAAAAUGUCCAGACAAAGCGCAUGGUCCAGCGGCGCACCUCGACUCAGUCGCAUGUUAACCCUAUUGGCAGCCGCCGCUCAGCCAGCGUGAGUGGGACGCUGCGCCGCUCCAGUAGCAAUAGUUCGAUGAGCGCACGCACCUUUCGCGAUCAGUCCCCCCAUCGUCCAUCUACCAGCUCCGGACCUGUCGGGUCCGUCCCUGCACCCAUCGAUGUGCCUCCGUUACCUGCUCUCCCAACCCAUUUUACGCCGCGGAAACAGCAAAACCGACGUGCAGUGAGUAUGCAGCCGUCAUUGCGUUCACCUCCAUCGUCUCCACCGCGCGCUGGGGUGAGGGGCGUGGAUCGGGAACAUGGGCGAGGGUCUCCGAUCCAGUUCACUACGCAUCAUCGUGUGGCUAGCCUUGGAACGGUUCCAGAAUUGGAACGAUCGGCCAGUCGAAAUUCGGUGAAUUUCUCGUACCCCCUGGGCUCGCGAUGUACCUCGCCGAUUGCGACACCUGAGAAUAAUCCGAUGAGCCUACAUGAUGCUAUCCAAGAAUCGAUUGCUGAUGUAUCUGACAAAUUCCCCGAGGGGAAGCCUAGGACACAGCCAUCUGGCAGCCUAGAGGAAAGCCCUGUUGCAAACAAGUCUGGACCUUUAGCUGCCACCCCAGUUACUGCAGCCCAAGUGGUUGGUAUGCCAAAGGACAGUUCAAGUGCGAAUUGGGCUGUGAAGCUGCGGAAUUCGCUUAUAGAGGACGACACUCUAGACCAAUAUCGCGGCAAUGCAGUGCCUGUCGUGGGCAGCGUGCAGAGUGAACACUCAUCCUCCCGAGCUCUUCCUGAGCGGUGGCCAUCAACCGUUCGAGAACAAGAAGAGCCCGAACAUAACGAUCCGAACGUCGAAGGCAUCCCCAUACGGCAAGGCAGAGAGCGGAUGAUGAGUUCACCGCCAACUGCUGAUCAUGUAGAGGCAGUGCCAGUGCCCUCGUCACCCUCGUCGGAACUGCAAAUAGGGCAGCAGCCACACCGUCAAUCAAGCAGCCCAGGUCGGACUGCUCGUUUUUCCAGAUUGCUUUCAGUGGCUGGAGCCGGUGAUCAAAUUCACCAGCCGCCGCCUAGAUCAGUAUCUCCUGUCAAAUCGGCCUUGAAACACUCAAGAGGAAGCUCUUUAUCGCCCGAUAGGAGGAUUGAGGCAACAGGUCUAGUCCUACCAUCGAAUGAGCUAUCAGAUGGUACCUCAGUGGCUUCAGACGAAGGAUCCCGGGUUGAUGCCAAGAAGAAGUCUGUCAAAGUCAGUUUUGAUGAUGAGCCUGAGGUUGUCAAUGCAGCAGCCAGCCCUCCUACCUCGCCGGAAGAAUAUGCACCUGAUUUCCCACCUGGCGGUAAAGCCAAGUCUCGUAUGGGUUGGCUUGGUGUUGGAAAGAAGAAGUCGCCUGCGGAGUUUGCGAGCGACGAUGACUGGGAUGUAGUCAUGAAACCCCGCCAAGUUCUUCCAUCUUUCGGUAGCAUUCGGGGGAGCCGAGGCGGCGGCCUGGGCGGCGGUCUUAAAAGGUCACCAAUCCCAGAUUUUAGUGACAACGAGUCCAGCUCUUCGACUGAAUCUGAGCUGGCGCCAAAGCCAGAUAUGUCGCUCUCAAAUGACCACACUGUCAGAAGUUUGCCCCCUAGGACGCAACAAGAUGAAUACUUCCAACCACACACUUUGGGCGCCUUGGAGCAAUUGUCUAUCAAUGGCACUUUGCAUACUUCGCAUUCUGAUAGCAUCCCAGGGGCCAAACGAGAGGUCAGAGUCACCCAUGACAUGACUAAGAAACUGCCAUAUUCCAACAUAAGCUCAAAAUUGUCUGUACCUGCUAUUGCUGUCGAGCCUGCUACGCCCCCUGCAGACGAAACUAAGCACAAUUUCGAGAUGAAGAGAUCCAGCCUAGACCAGUAUAGGAUUCCGGGCGGAUUCCCACCCUCCAGUUCAGACCGCAGCAUCCAUUCGACUGCAAAGAAGACUAGCACCCAGCCCAUGGCGAGUGCCGUUCCGAAGCUGGACGAUGUGGAUACCGAGGAAUCGUCUGGUGAUAGCAUCUACAGCGAUGCCGCAGAAGAUAUGGACGGUGAUGGGUUUGGAUCCAUCAAUGCCAUUGUCGAUAGCCGAUCAACCCCUAGGUCGGUACCCACUGAGGAGAAUGCGAGCGAAUCUCGGGACGCAACCCCGAGGCCCAUCGCUCGAGCCGCCAUCGUGGAUAGUCAGUCGCAAUAUGUGACUGAUCAACCACUUGAAGAAGCGCACUGUGCGACACCAACUCAAGACUCCGUAAACCGCCUGGUAGAGGAAUCCCCUGGCUCUUCGGUUGGUCAUGGAGUUGGUUCUGCAAACCCGCCAGUCCCAAUCCAGUCCCAACCUCGUAACAUGCCUACUCAAAAUGGCAGCGUCCAAACACAGCCCACCACGCGAACCCGUCCCAUAUCGGUGGAUGUGAAUGGUGCGUCUGAUAUGCAGGAUCUUCGGUGGUCGAGCAACGAUACUACUCCACGAGGUGGCCAGGUUCAACCGCGUCCAAUAUCUCUUGAUCCAGGUUUCCAAAAUUCAGGGAGCCAAUCAGGUAUCCCUAGCAGUCUCCGCCGGACAUUAUCAAAUGGAAGUGAUUCCUCAAGCAGCUUCAAACGCGCUUCUCCACGUGGAGGCCCCCACUCCAUGCGACGGACAAUGAGAGCCGGUGCUGCUGGUGCUAAGGUUCAAGCCCAAUCUCCAAGAGAACGCAACGAGUCUCCUCUUGAGCAUCGACCUCUUUCAUCCGGCUCCUCGAACGGCACAAUGCGCAAGACUCUCCGGGGACCUUCUGGAGGUGAGCGAUAUUCGUUCUUCUCCACGAACAAGAAGGCACCACCGAGAGCGAAGUUCACCAAGCCGCCCCCUAAGUCGGCGCGCACAUCUCGGCUCGCAAAUUCGGAUGGCGAGGAUGAAGCCCGACCGCAGACCUUUACCAGUAGGUUCGUGGAUUCCAGCGAUGAAGAUAAUGAGCCUGGAAACAAUAAGUUACGCCCUGUCCGCGGUAUCCCCCGUCGACAAGGUGCCGAUGACGGUGACUCCACAGAGUUGGAAGAUAGUUCAGAAGAAGGCGCCCGGCAGCAUGUACAGCCAACAACAUCUUCAUUCGGGUCAAGCGGAAAGAGCGCACCAAACAUGUCUGGAAUGGCAGCUGUGGCCAAACAACGUGGCAUGUCACAGAGAGACCUUGAGGAGUUCAUAAUGGCGUCUCCCCGUGGUCGGAAGGCAGGACUUCUCACUCGACUUGGCAUCAAGAAACCUAAGAACUCGGAUCAUGGAGCUCGCAAGCCUGAGAUUGAGAGCCCCCUAGAGCAGUUGCCUCUAGAACACGAUCAAUUACACAGCGAUGGCAUGGUGAAUGGAAACCGCGGUACCACAACUACCACAGUGUUUGCCGGGAAUCCUCAGCUGACUCGCCCAUCCAGGCUGGUGAAGAGAAACUCUAAGCGCCAGUCAACAGGACCAAAUCCCUGGCCCCUCCAAUCCGAUGUCAGGGAAGAGCAUCUCCAGCCAGUGGCGGAACAACCCCACAGCGCCCCGUAUUCUCUUCUCCAAACGGAGAACCCUACGCUGCCAACAAAGAGCACCGGCGCAGCACAUAAUGGGGGCAUCGUUGUCAAUGGGAAUGGCGCUCGUGGUGCUUCUCCGAUUGCGGAGGAGCCCGAGGCACCCCGCAACGGACCAGAUCCGAACAAUGACACCACCUCUGAAAUCACGAACCCUGAUGACCAUGGGCCUUCGGCGCGCGAUGUCGUGAUCGCUGGCUCGGGACGAAAGAAACGAUUUCCUCUUCUUCGGAAGGCAUUCGGUCUGCGCGGUUGA